AUGCUAGCAUCCGCAUCACGGCGCAACAUGCACAGAGCCUCUGCAUCGCGGGCAUUGAUAUCACGCAGGCUCAACUCGACCAGCGCAAACGCACAAGCUCCACGGCCAAGAACAACGCCGAAAGGUCAAGGCUUGGACCAGCCCAAAGCCAUCUUUUGGGGCUGGGCAGCGCUCAUCGUAGUAGCAGGCUUCGGCUACUUCACCGUCAAGUCGAACAACACUGCCAAGAAGCGCGAAUACAUGAUCAAGCAAGGUCAACAGCUUCGAGAGCAGAGAGAAGCUGUAGCUGAUGCUGAUCAGCCUGCAGCGACGUCGAGUCCUGUCCCCGCUCCCGCGCACGCACAUUCCUCCUCCACGCCUCACCCUGCCCUCCAAACACCGACGACCAUCACCACCACAGUCAUCUGUCCAUUUGAUCCGCUCUUGACAUCUUCUACCGAUUCUAACAUGUCGUUCCCACAGCCCUACCCCACCUAUUCCGAUGCGAAAUACCACAAGCUCACGCUCGCAGCCGACGGCGUGCUGAUGCUCUCCUUCAACCGACCCCCCGUCAACGCGUGGAUUGACCCCAAAUGGCAAGAGCUGACCUCGAUCCUCCGCAAAGUGCGCGACGACCCCCUCGUGUCUGCUAUCGUCGUCGCCGGCGAAGGUCGAUGCUUCACCGCCGGGCUCGAUCUCAACUCCCAGAGUCUUGGCGAGGUCAUCGCCGAAGCACCGGAUGCGGCUCGAAAGGCUUUCGCUAUGCGAGCCCACCUGCGCGAUUUCCAAGAAGCGAUCUCUUGGUUCGAGUACGUCGAAAAGCCUGUCAUCGCCGCUGCUCACGGCGUCGCGUUUGGCUUGGCGAUCGAUAUCAUGUCAGCGUGCGAUGUGAGGUACGCCACCAAGACGACGAGGUUCAGUAUCAAGGAGGUGGACGCUGGGCUGGCUGCGGAUAUCGGAACACUGCAGAGGUUCCCAAAGAUCGUGGGGAACGACUCGCUUGCGAGGGAGCUGUGUUAUACCGCGAGGGAGUUCGAUGCAGCAGAGGCGAGGGAGAUCGGCUUUCUAAGCAAGGUCAUCGAUGGUGGGAGGGAAGAAGUCGUUGGUAAGUUCCAAGUCGACUCUGAUGGCGGCUGGACUCGUGACAAGCUACUGAUGUUUUCUCCUGUGUGUGAAUGCGACCCAGCUACUGCGGUCAAGACGGCCUCCGAGAUCGCCUCGAAAUCACCCGUCGCUGUUCGAGGUACAAAGAUCUACCUGCUGCACAGCCGAGAUCAUGGCGUCGAGGAAGGCCUUCGCUUCGUGCAGGCGUUCAACUCGGCCCUCCUUCAAUCAGACGACAUGCCCGUCGCCAUGUUGUCUGUCAUGCAGAAGAAGACGCCCAAGUUCGCCAAGCUCUGA